AUGGCGCCAGCCGAAGACCGCAUGGCCCGCUUCAAGGCCCUCCAGGCGCGGGCGAAAAGCUCCUCCGAAACAAACCUCAAGGAGGCCACCAAGGAAUCCCAAAGACUCGGGACCGAUCAGAGCCAACUCACAGCCCUGCAGCGCAAGCACGACAUCGCAGCGCACAAACUGCUCAAGGCGGAGAUUGAAGAAUCCGGCAGAGAUUUCGAGCGCAAGCGGGCUUGGGACUGGACCGUCGACGAGAGCGAGAAGUGGGACAAGCGGAUGAAGAAGAAGGCCGCGCACCGUGACAACAAUGCCUUUAGCGACGCCCAUCAAGAAAGCAACAAGAUUUACAAGCGCCAGCUCAAGAACAUCACCCCCGACAUGGAGCGUUACGAGAAGCAGAAGAUGGCCGCCAUCGAAAAGGCUGCCGCCUCGGGAGGCCUGGACAUCGUGGAGACCGAGAAUGGCGAGCUCAUCGCCGUCGAUAAAGACGGGUCGUUUUAUUCCACAGCCGACACCACCACCUUUUCGCAGAACAAGCCUGAAAAGGCGGCGGUGGACCGCCUGGUUGCAGACCUGCGACGGGCCGAGGAGCAGAGACUCAAGAAGAGAAAGGAGCGCAUGGCCAAGAAUGGCGACGACGGAGACGUCACAUACAUCAAUGAGAAGAACAAGCAGUUCAACCAGAAACUGGCCAGGUUCUACGACAAGUACACCGCCGAUAUCCGGGACAGCUUCGAGAGAGGCACCAUGAUUUAA